AUGAGUAGCUUUAAUAAAUGUUAUAAUUUCUCUUUACAGAAAAAAGUUGUCUCAGGUAUAGCAAGUAAACCCAAACAGGAUGACGGUGGAAGAAUUGCUGCUAGAAAUCGCCUCGCUGCCAUAAAAAAUGCAAUGAGAGAGAGAAUUAAGCAGGAGGAACAGGCUGAGGCAGCAGCCUCUGUAAUGCCAAAGGAAGUGGAUAAAAUAGUGUUUGAUGCUGGAUUUUUCAGAAUUGAAAGUCCCAUUAAAUCAUUCUCAGGACUUUCUUCUGAAUGCCUUUCUCAAAGACUUAAAACACCUAAGUCAGUCAGCAAAACUGUGUCUGAGACCAGGGCUGAGAUGGGCCUUCUAAGACAAACUACAUCACCAGAGAAUCCUGAUCCUCAGGGUGCCAAAAGUGAACCUGUUGAUAAGACUUUGAUUUCAAAUAUUCCUGGAAACAGAAACAGCACAGGAGAAGAUGCUAAGUGUCUUGGUUUACAAGAUUUAAUUGAAAUAAACCAUGGUAUGAAUAAGAUAAACUUUGAGAUUGGUUGUUUAUCUAGUGAAAGAAUGAAUUUGGCUCUCCAUGCUGUCAAAGUAGCAGAUGAUAUUAAUACCAACAAAAAGGAAGAAAUUUCAGAUGUUGUGAAAGGAAUGGAACUAAAUUCAGUUACAACACAGGAUGUUUUGAUGAUUAGCCCUGAAAAAAAUAUACAAUCACAAAAUAACAUCUCAUGGGAAGAAGAAACGAAAACUUCUCAGUCAGUAUUAUGUGAUAAUAAAAGUCUAACUACUGAAUGCCAUCUUCUUGAUUCAGUAAGUUUUCAAUUUAUUUGAAAAGUUCUUUGUAUUCUAGAUUUGUUUUAUAAAAUGAGUGUUAUUUUUCAGUUUAUAUGCACAGUUUAAAAUGUACAUCUUGUCAGUGUUUACUCUGAAGUCCUUUUUUGUUCAUUUUUUUCUCCAAAUGGGAAAAAAAUUUUCAUAUACUUUAUAGUAUGCCUUGGUAUUAAACUGAAGAUUUAAUUCCCUACAUGGUUUAUGUAUCAAAUUUGUUGUGACAAAUUGGUUGAAUACUUGAAUAUGUAGUAUGCUCAGUAUUUCUCACUGAUGCAAGAAAAAGAUAAGGCAAGAGUUAUACCCUUUUGAAGUAUACAGUUGAGAAGAAAAUGUCUAUCCUACCUUCAGUCAUCAAUGCUUAUUUUCAUUGUAAUUCUUUUAGAUUGCUAUUUUUAUGUCCUAUUAUUUUAUUUGGAAGCCCCCCAACCUUUACUUUUUAGUGACUUCUUGCCUCUAAGUCUAGUUCAAACAUUUGCCUGUCUGUGAAGCCUUCCUGUAAAA